UCCUCCUCCGGCCGGCUCCAGUUCAGCUUCACUCUUGUAGCCGCCGUCGCUUCACCUGUGUCUGCUAGGCCGCGAUCCGUUCACCACAGAGGAAAACCACCUCUGGACCAGCGAUAACAACAUUCACGAGUAUGCCCACAAUAAAGCUCCAGAGCUCCGAUGGGGAGAUCUUCGAGGUGGAUGUGGAGAUAGCCAAACAGUCUGUCACCAUUAAAACCAUGUUAGAAGAUUUGGGGAUGGACGACGAAGGCGACGACGACCCAGUUCCUCUCCCAAAUGUGAAUGCAGCCAUCCUUAAGAAGGUGAUUCAGUGGUGCACCCAUCACAAAGAUGACCCCCCUCCUCCCGAGGACGAUGAAAACAAGGAGAAGAGGACGGACGACAUUCCUGUUUGGGACCAGGAGUUCCUCAAAGUGGACCAGGGCACCUUGUUCGAGCUCAUUCUGGCCGCCAACUAUUUGGAUAUCAAAGGCCUGUUAGACGUCACCUGCAAGACAGUGGCCAACAUGAUCAAAGGCAAAACCCCGGAGGAGAUCAGAAAGACUUUCAACAUCAAAAAUGACUUCACGGAGGAGGAGGAGGCCCAGGUACGCAAAGAGAACCAGUGGUGCGAAGAGAAGUAACCAGGAGGAUCCUGCCGACACUACCACACUGUAAAGGAUUGUCCCUGCUUACUGGUUGCACUGGCGAUGUUCAUACUUGUUAAUAUUUGCAUUUAGUAUAUUUAGAGCCACCUUGCCCCUCCCCCACCGCCACCCCCCCCCCCUCCCUCCCUUGAUUUCUGUAUACAAGUAAUAGCAUGACCAUUAACUUGCCUGUGUGGUGUUGUUUAAUUUAAAGCUCUCCUCAGUCUCCCGACACUCCCGUGACGUAUCCACAUAGUUUCAUGACUUUGUAACC